UAAUAGAUAUAUUCAUAUUAUAUAUAUAUAUAUAUAUAUAUAUAUAUAUAUAUAUAUAUAUAUAUAUAUAUAUAUAUAUAUUAAUGUCAUUUAAAUUAGAUUAUAUACUAUAUAAAAAUAUGUUAAUUUUAAAUUUGCAUUGAAAAAUUAUUGAGAUCUUAAUAUUUUAAUUUUGAAAUUUGUAUUGGUAAAUUUCACAUUAAAAGUUUUGUGAUUAAGAGUUAAAAUUUGUGUUACAGCAAAUAUACAAAUGUUAAUAAAAUCCUAUGAGUAGGAAGUGUCAAUAAUACAUAUUUAUAUUAAAAUAUACAAUAUAUAUAUAUAUAUCAAUUGUGAAUAUCACUAAAAUUAAUUAUAUACCAUAUAAAGUAAAUAAAAUGAUUGUUUUGAUUUAUUUACCAAAAACAUGAUUGUACAUAAACAAAAGGUAUUGGUAUUGUUUUAUGUGUUACUUUUAUGUAUAUAAAUUAUUAUUUUUAAUAUGUGGUUUCUAAUAUGUUAUUUGAUCCUGACAAUUCCAAAAAUACACUUCUUCAAAUUGAAGUAUUUUUUUAGUAUUGAAAAGACUAUAUAUUAUUGCAUUCAGAUUUAAUAUUUUAGUCUUGAUUUUAUUCAUGAAAAAAACUUUUAAUGAAAUAUCAUGACAAAAUUUCAAUCACUUCCUUUUGAGUUUGUUCGAAGAAUGAGAGGUUUGAUCAUUCAUCUAAUAUUGUUUCUCCCUAAUACCUUAUCUAGCUAUUAUAAUUAUAAGAAUGAGACGUUUGAACUAUUUAUUAUAAGUUUUUUGGUUUAUCAUUUAAUAAAUUAAACAAUUCUUAGUUUAUACAUAGUUUACAUAUACUAGCAUGGUAAAAUAUUAUAUAUAUUUUUUAUCAGUAUACUCUUAAGUAACUAAACCUCAAAAGCUAGGUUAAUAAAAUAAGUAAUUUUUUAUUAUCCUAAAAUUAUAUGAUUUUUAAAAGCGAACUUGUGGAUAUAUAUUAUACAUACAUUUAUAUUUCGAGUCUGCACUUAUAUUUUAUAACAACUUGAUAUAUUAGAUUUGAACAUUAACCUGUGAAUAGAGUUUGCCAUUGAUUUUCUUCAAAAAUUUGUUUCUUAGAUAUGUAUCUAAAUUAGAACUAAAUUUUACAAAUGUCCAUCUUUUUGAUUUGACACUUAUGUAAUUCACCGAAUUCAUAAAAGAAGUUUAAAAAAAAAACUCAUAUCAGUGAAACAUAAACGAGAACGAAAGCACAAUUUUAUAAAGGUAGAAAAUGAAAUCACUUAUUGAGAGUUAAUAGCAAGGAAUUCGAGAGCAGAAAACCUAAUAUUCUUUCGUCAUUUUAUAAUCGAUGUUACCUAUCUGGCUUUUGUGAUUUGUGUAAGCCGUAAAACUUAAUUUUCUUUUGUUCAUAUGAGGUCUUAAGAAUAAUUAAAAUAAGAUGUAAUAUGUUAACUUUUCGAUGCUACAUUUAAGAGACUAACAUUUGUAUUCGUCAUUUUUACAAUCGAUAAAGAUUGUAAUGUUACAAAAUAUUAAAACUAUUAAAUGAAUAAACAUAAUAUAAAAUACUUACUCCGCGCAUCUGCGCGAAUUAUCAUCUAGUCGAUAUUAUUAAUAUAAGUAGCACCUGUCUCUCUAGCCUCACGCUUUCACCUCUCUCUAGUUUAUCAAAGCUUCACGUCCGGUCCGCUCCGACGCCUGGCUGGCGCGUGAGCGUCUGUGUCCGCGUUGGAGUCCUCCCCUCUUCUCAGUCUCAUUUUUUCCUUUGCUUCUCCGUCGGCCCUCUCCCACUUGUCUUCGGUUCUGGUUUUGCGUCUCCCUGUCAUUUAGGUCUCCGCUCGCGAGGAAGGUCGAUACCGGUGGUGGUUUUCUGCUGCUCUGGAGUCUAGACAUGGUGGCUAGGAGUGGUGUUGCACAGUGGAGUCGCAUUUUAGGGCUUUGGAUUCAGAUCGAGUUUCCCCUUUUUAGAUCUGUCUCUCUUGGGUCUGUUGUUCGAGAUAAGGGGAGCUGGAGCGUCCUUCCGACGGCUUUGUGGCGAGUUCGCAGGUUUCAUGGAGGCAUUGGGCUACAUCGAUUGGAAUCACAACCUCUAGGGCAUCGUAGCUGGUAAUCUCCUUGUCAGUAAAGUCAAGUAUGUUUUGUUGCUUUUUGCUUGGGUGUCGAGUCAAGGUGGAGGUAUGCAGGCGGUGAUGGUGCUUCCACCUUCUUCCUGGCUCGUGAGGUUCUUCAAGCUCCCCGGGUUUAUGGUCAUCUAUGCCGUUUGAAGGGGGUUUGAUGCUCCUGCUUACUUUGGUUACCCUUGUUUUUCUCUCUGUUUUGGAGUUCCGAGCUGCGGCGAUGGCUUAAACUUGGAAGUUGUGGUCUCCCCAAUUAUCGUAGGCGUUCCUCUGUAACACCGGAGGGCGCUAUCUCGCGUCUCAGUCAACCGUCCUUUGGUUCUCAAAGGUGGAAAGCGGAGCAGUGGUCUGGACUUUGUUCUGGUUCUUUGCGGUGCCUGCUUGGUUAAGUGCAUAUCCCAGUACUGAUGAUAGUUUGUUUGAACUCCUUUAGUAGUGCGCUUGGCUACUGUCUGUGCAGGUUAUGAGAGGUCUCUUUGGCAGCGUAUGGUGGCAGGCUCAUGCCCAAUUUUGGCGAUAAGGUGAGAAGGUAGGUAUAGCUCCUUAUUCCUGCUCAUUGUUCUCGUCUUGUGCUCAACGACAAUGACGAUUACAAGCUCUGAUGAUUUUACAGAGAGUCAGCUACAGUAGGAGACGUCAUGAGAAGCUCGACAUCUGAGAAAACGAGGUCAGACCCAACAUUAUGUUUAGCGUCACCGGUUGAGAACGACAAUCAGUAUUCGAGAGAAGAUAGAGUUAAUUUGUUGAAUGCGCCGGAUAGGUUGGUCGAAGUAAAAGAUGUAAUAUCUAAUUAAGAAUGUUUUUGUUUGAAUCGAGCUUGUAUAUCAAUGUUGAUUUCCAUUCGAGUUUAUUAAUAAAUAUAUAUUAUAUAAAAAAUGAAGAAAAACAGUUGUUCUGCCACAUGACCAAUACAUUAUUAUUGUUUCAUUUUCAAUUUCCAAUCUCAACAAUCACAAAUUAGUUGUUUGUCUGUGUGAUGUCUUACAGCAACUCAAACCCACAAAAUUAUAGUUCUCCCACCACCGCGAACUCGCCGGAACUUAAACUAUACCAAGCAUUCAUCUUCACUGUCCCAAUCUGCUUCACAUUCAUCAUCCUCUUCAUCUUCUACAUCAUCUACCUCCGCUGCAGCAGAGCCGAUUUGUCUUCCCUCGGAAUGCGCACUACUUUCCUCGUCGAAAACUCCAUCUCCACGGCUGUGUUAGGGUUGAGAAAAGAGCUGAGAGAGAUCCUCCCCAUUGUCGUCUGCUUCUCCGCUAUGGAUUCACUAUGUUCAGUGUGCCUUGGUGACUAUCAAGCAGAUGAUAAGCUUCAACAGAUCCUGUCAGGUGGACAUACUUUUCACAUGGACUGCAUUGAUCUUUGGCUCACUUCACAUUCCACUUGCCCUCUUUGCCGUCUCACUCUUAUCCCGACCCAUUCCCAUCAAGGCCAAGAUGAAGAUCCUCCUAUUCCGAAUCUUAGGACCCCUGAUGGAGGAGUGUCUAGUCAACCUGAAACUCAGCCAGAAGACCACGGAAGUGUUGGCCAAUGUGAUCCGAAUGAGGGUGAUCGAGAUGCAGAGAACUCUAAAGAAACGCGAGAAGAUGAACAAAACAGUAUUGGGACAUCAAUUGAUUGUUGUAAUUGUAGACUUGGUUAAAGAUACAGCUUCCGUUUAGUACUUCAUGUAACUGUAAAGUUUGUAACUUGUAACAUUAGUGCAUUAGAGCUUGAUUCAUAUAAGCAAAGUGACCUCCCUUUCCAGAGAAAAUUGACUUGUGAUCAUCCACUGUGUGUUGCUCGCGAGCUGAAACAGAGUAUUCUUUUUAAAAGGGGUUGAUAUUUGCCAUGCUGAAUUGCCUUAAGUAAUGCAAUAAGAGAAACAUAGUUAAAUUUUGCUAAGAGAGAGAGACUUGAAAUCAGAUAAGCAAUCUCCGAUUUACUUUAUUUGGUCUUGGAAGAAAGCAGAGCUUGGAUUGCCAUUGCUGAUGAGGUUUUCAAGAGCUGUAGCUUUCUUGAGUUUCUCAGUUUCUGGAGAACUGAUAUUACUCAAAUUACUUAAGGAAUGAUUUGUACUCUCUCAAAUAAGAGGUCGAGUUAUAGUACUUAGGGAUCAAAUUCACAAGGAGCUAAGGCACUCAAGAUCUAAAAUUUAUGUGGUUAAGCUAGGCAAACAUGUUUAAUUUAAAUAACAGAGGUGAACAAGUAAUUGUUUGGUUGAUUGAUUGGGGUUUUAAGACAGAUAUGAAAGGCGUUAGACUUAGGAUUUCUAUUUAGACAAUCAUGAUUAUAGAGAUAUAGAGACUAAGUGUAUAUUGGAUAUUCUAGAACUCAAACUUAAAGAAUAGUCGAUCAACUUCUGUAUUUUUAGCAACGUAUGUUCCAAGUAAAGGACGAUCUAGACUUCUCAUGGCAUUGAAAGGAAGUGGCGGCGUCAAGUGCAUAUUGUUCUUGCCAUUGAUGCAUCUAUUUGCUUAGCUCUACUUGGCGUUUGGUUGGCUAUUUGUCAAGGCAUUGAGUGUACACGUUCUUGAUUUACAAGCCUCUUCUCCUCUUCUGCAAAACCGUCUUCCAUAUUCAAGUUCUACUUUCACUUUCAUAUGACAUAGAUCUACUCACUCACAUUCCUUUUUCUCUUUUGCAAUUCUGUUUACGGACUGUAGUUUGACAUACUCUGCAGCAUUGUUGAUUUUAUAUUUUUAUGUAUGAGGGUCAAGCUUUCUACCUUUGUUUGUGUAUGUAUGAUAUGAUGAUUGUGUCUAUAAUAUUUAAAACGAUCCGUGGACGAAGUUUGGUACUGAGUGACUGAGACACCUUGUUCAGUCAAUAGUAUUCAAUAGUGUCUUAUAACAGAACUGUGUCUCUGUUCUUUGCGGUUUCCGAUUCCUCAUUUGCAAUUCAGAUAGUUUAACAGAUGUAAUUUAGUUAAAUCAUACAGAAUACUAAAUGCCUCUCAAUCAAGAUGAUGAAUAUUAAGGGAUACAUAUGAUGAAGAUACAUUGUCAUAAGAGAGGAUUAUAUCAUAAAAUAGUGCAAUCACACACAUUUCAUAUUCCAUCCACCGUGGAUAGAAAAUGAAGGUUUUGUUUUCUUACAUAGAAUCAGAACCACACGCUUACAAGAUAAACAGCAAAUACAUUAAAGAGUCUGUAGAAUUUGCUUUUUUUUUUUGUCUUGAAGAAACAGAGGAAAGAGUAAAAGAGAGAUAAGGAGGUGAUAAGUACCUCGCACCUGAAUCCUAACCAUGGUUGGUUGUGAACUGGUUUAGUUCAUGUGUAAGAGAAGAACCUAAAGGGAACCAAAAUAUCUCCC